ACCCCUACCGUCCUACGCUCGCUUCGCCACUGGCCCACUGCUCUCUUCUUCUUCCUCCCGAGCGCCGCCCUUCUCCUGGCUCCAUUGCCUCCACCGCCACCACGCUAGCGCCGGCGCGCCCCGCCGACGACAUCCACUGCCGCCUCGCUGGCGCCGGGGACGUCCCCGGCGCCGGCGCUGCCGCAGACGACCUCAACCGCCGCCUCGUCCUCUCUCCGCCGCCUUGACCUCGCCGGAUCCGCCUAGGAAAUGGGAAUACCACCCUCCGAAAUCCUGGUUCCGCCACUACCGACGCCGGGCCCCGUCCCGGCCGUGGAGGUGCCGGCUGCUCCCGCCGUUCCGACCAAGUCGCGCUGGGACGCGGAGAUCAAGGUCUACUCCCGCAAGUACCCCCGCAAAACCCCUAAACCUCCUCCUCCAGAACCAGGCCCCGUCCGCUCUCCAGCUCCCGCCCCCGCCCCUGCCCCUGCCCCCGCAGCAGCCCCUGCCUCCGCCCCCGCCCCCGCCCCCACCCCUAACCCUAAUCCCCUUUCCGAAACCCUAUCCUCGAUUCGCCGCUCCAUCCGCCGCGCGGAGGCCGGGGGCGCUGCGGCGCGGCCCGAUCCGGUUGCGGCUGCCUCGCCUCCCGCCCCGACGCUGCCUGGGGAACGCGGUGCCUCCACCGGGGACCCCUCGUCGGGGCAGAACCGGGACGGCGGCGGCGCCGUACCCAAUGGCCACGGCGUCGACCGGGCGGCCCUUGCGGCUGAGAAGGCCGAGAAGGCAAGGAAGCGCAGGGUGAGGAGUGAGCUGCGGCGGCGGCUGGCGGGGGAGCUCGACCAGGUGCGGGUGCUAUCCGAGCGCCUUAAGGAUGCCGCCGAGGCCCUGACACAGCAGGAGGCUUCCGCGCCCGCGCUUUUGCCCCUGGUGGUGGUGCCGCAGCAGCAGGUGAUGGACGCUGGGUACGUGCAGCAGUUCUCAGCUGGUGAUAUGGUGACGCCCUUGUCUGCGCAGCUCACUGCUGCGGUUCCACCUGUCCGCUCUCUGCUGCGCAGGCCACUAACCGUUUCAGUAGUUCAUAAUGAAGCCUUUGAGAUGGAGAAACGGACGCCUAAGGCUAAUCAAUUAUACCAAAAGUCCGAGUUUUUGCUUGCCAAUGAUAGAAUCCCACCCUCAGAUUCACAUGGGCGCAAGAAAUCCAAGCACCACAAGAAGAAACACAGGUCCCUAGGAUCCCGUGGCGCAGACUUUGAUGCCGAGCGGAGGUUAUACUCUCAUGCAUUCAAGAAGUCCUCGUCUCUUCUGAGCCGGCUAAUGAAGCACAAGUUUGGGUGGGUGUUCAACAACCCUGUCGAUCCAGUUGCACUUGGUUUGCAUGACUAUUUUACAAUUAUUAAGCACCCAAUGGAUCUUGGCACGAUAAGGGCGCGGCUCAGCCAGGGGCAGUACAGGAACCCAAAGGAGUUCGCUGAUGAUGUGCGGCUCACUUUCCAUAAUGCAAUGACAUAUAACCCGAGGGGACAGGAUGUGCACUUCAUGGCAGAGCAGUUGUCAGAAAUUUUUGAGGCACAGUGGCCUGAGAUUGAGGCUGAGGUUAACUAUCUCGCAUCCUGUCCUCCAUUGCCAAAGAAGUUUCCACCUCCACCGAUUGACUUGCGCUACCUAGAGAGGUCGGAUUCCAUGAAACACCAUAUGGCGUUGGACUCUUCAAGGCCAAUCAGUCAUACUCCCACUUAUAGCCGGACUCCAUCAAUGAAGAAACCAAGGGCAAAAGAUCCAAAUAAGAGGGACAUGACAAUAGAUGAGAAGCGUAAGCUUAGCGAGAACCUCCAGAAUUUGCCUCCGGAGAAACUUGAUGCUGUUGUACAAGUCAUUAAGAACAAGAAUCUAUCAGUUAGGCAGCAUGAGGAUGAGAUUGAGGUUGAAAUUGAUAGCAUGGAUGCUGAGACACUUUGGGAGCUUGACAGGUUUGUAGCUAACUACAAGAAGAACCUGAGCAAGCAAAAGAGAAAGGCUGAGCGUGCAAUGCUUGCCAGACAAGAUGCUGAAUUGCGUGCACAGCACUUUGUACAACAACCACAACCAACUCAGUUCACCCAAGAACCUAAUGUUGGUGAAAAAUCUCCGAAGCAAAUUGAGAAAGAUUCUAUUGCAGGCGAGCAACAGGCAAUGUCUGCGCUAGAGCAAAAUGGUGAGAAUAGAGAAAAUGCGAGUAGUUCAAGCAAUUCAAGCAGCUCCAGCAGUGAUUCAGGAUCGUCUUCUAGUGACUCAGAUAGUGAUAGCUCCUCUUCAGAUGGAUCCGAUGCUGGCAAAUCUUCUUGAGGUAUAAGGUUCAGAGGUUGCUCGAGCAGACAGUAACUGUCUAAUUAGCAUUUGACAUGACAAUGGCUCCGUAAGGUUGUACAUGUUUAGGAAAACCCCCUGUAGUUUAAGUAGCUUUGUAUGUGGAUUCACCCGCUGAAGGCAGUAACUUGUAGGUUCCAGGGUAUACCGCCUAACAAGACUGGGCUUGUUGCUGACACUCCUUUGUCACUGUACACCGUUGUUGCUAGGAGCCCCCUGGCUGGCUCAGUAGUCUGUACAUUAGCGGCAUCUUAGUUUUGUUUAGCUGUGUUGAUUGAAGUAUGUAGGAAGGUAGUUGCUGUCUUGUGCAGAAUAGCAGGUAAUGCUCAGCUCCAAGUCAUUUUGAUUGACGUUGCUGUGAAUUCGUUUGUUGAUGCCUGCUGACAGAGUUUGUUGGUGCAGCUGGUGUUAGCAUCAUGAUUUUAUUUUGCGGGUGGUGUUAGCA